GCAAUGCAGAAGAAAGAAAAGUAAAGAAAUAUCUCCAAAGUUGCGGAGACCACCCACACACUCAUAGCUUCAAAUCUCUGAAUAACGUUUUCCUCAGAUUAUCACUCCCAAAGGGUCAGUUUCUUUUCCCCUUUUUCUCUCUCUACCCAAUCACUACUUUGGAUUAUAUACAUAUAUAUAUAGUUACUUAUAUAAAGUGCAUGUGUUACUUGCAUCAAAUUUUGUCGGAAAUUUUGUAUAUGUUCAGCUCUUUGAUUCUUUCUCAUGGCAAUAGUUUAAAAACCCAUUUGUGUGAUUGACAUAUACUGUACUAGUUUUUUGAUUUUUCCCUUUUAUAACUCCUAUGUCUUUUAUUUGACUAACCCUCCAAGAGAUUGGGAUGGGACACUUAGAUCUUCACAAUUUUUUAUUCCUAGGUUGUUGUAUUGGGAAAUUUCCAAUUUUCAUUGAUCAAGUCACUAUGAAUCUAAAGGGGUAGUUUUUAGAUUCUGGUUUUAAGGUUUCUGUUUUGGGUGUUUUUUUUUUUGUUGGUCUUGGGACUGUUAUAUGAUAUGGGAGAUUGCAAAUCUGCAACUCCAAUGUUGGAAGGAGAAGAAAAUUUGAUUGCUGCUGCCCAAAACCUUGUAAAGGCAUUAGAGAAUAGAAAGAAUUUAACCAAUGAUGCGAGGAAAAUAUUGGCAGAUUUAGGCACCCAAUUGUCCUCCAUAACUAAAAUUCAUGAAAAAAAGGAUGAGGAGGGAUCGAGUGAGGUUGAGCAUAGGCUAAAUGUUGUUCAAGAUAAGAUCAUGAAUUGGGAGGUAGAUCAGUCUAUGAUAUGGGAUUGUGGUUCUGAUGAAGCUUAUGAGUACGUAAAGACGGUGGAGGAAACCCGAAAAUUGACUGAAACUUUAGAGAGUUUGUGUUUGAAUAGAGAUAGUGAGGAAAACGAGCUUCUUCUUAGGGCUCAUGAUGUUCUCCAGACAGCUAUGGCAAGGCUUGAGGAUGAGUUCAAGCAUAUGCUUGUUCAGAACAGACAACCCUUUGAGCCUGAGCACGUCUCUUUUCGUUCUAAUGAAGAAGAUGUUGUGGAUGAGGGAUCGGUUCUUUCUUUUGGGGAUUACUCAGUUGAGGACGUGCUUCAGAGAGACAGUAUCAGCAGAAGCUCUGAGGAAUUCAUUGUUGAUUUGGUCAAUCCACAUAUAAUUCCUGACCUCAAAUGCAUUGCCAAUUUGAUGUUUAAUGCGAAUUACGAUCAGGAAUGCACUCAGGCCUUUAUUAGCAUCCGGAAAGAUGCCUUGGAUGAUUGUCUGUUCAUACUCGAUGUGGAGAAGCUAAGCAUCGAGGAUGUGUUGAGGAUGGAAUGGGGUACCCUGAAUUCCAAAAUCAGAAGAUGGACGCGGGCUAUGAAGAUCUUCGUGCAAGUCUAUCUUGCUAGUGAGAAAUGGUUGAGUGAUCAAAUCUUUGGAGAUCUUGAUACAACUAGUUCAAUUUGCUUUGCUGAGGCGUCGAAGGCUUCAAUGUUGCAGCUUUUGAAUUUUGCUGAAGCCAUAGCCAUUGGACCUCACCAACCAGAGAAGUUGCAUCGUAUUCUUAGCAUGCAUGAGGUGUUGGUGGAUCUUAGUCCUGAUAUUGAUGCUUUAUACAUCAAUGAGGUCGGUUCUUUUGUGAGAACCGAAUGCCAACACGUCAUUAGUCAACUGGGCUAUUGUGCGAAGGCAACAUUCAUUGAAUUUGAAAAUGCUGUGGCAUCAAACAUAUCGACAAACGCUUUCGCUGGUGGUGGAAUCCACCACAUUAGUAGAUAUGUGAUGAAUUACAUCAGGGCUCUCACUGAUUACAGUGAGACCCUUGAUUUGGUCCUCAAGGAUCCCGAUAGAGACUUUGCAGUUUCGCUUUCGCCUGACUUGAGUCCAGUUUCCGAGGAUGAUAGUGUAAGUGGAAGCUCGUCUCGCUUUGUCUCGCCAAUGGCUUGCCACUUCCGAUCCCUCAUUUCAAUUCUAGAAUGCAACCUUGAUGACAAGUCCAAAUUAUACAAGGAUGAUUCUCUUCAACACCUCUUUUUGAUGAAUAACAUACAUUACAUGGCUGAAAAAGUUAAGGGUUCAGAGCUAAGAACUAUCUUAGGGGAUGAAUGGAUUCGCAAGCGUAAUUGGAAGUUUCAACAGCACGCGAUGAAUUAUGAGCGAGCCACAUGGAGUUCAAUCCUGUCUUUGCUGAAAGAUGAGGGAAUUCACUAUCCUGGUUCGAAUUCUGUAUCGAAGACUCUGCUCAAGGAGAGGCUGCAGAGCUUUUAUGUUGCUUUUGAAGAGGUUUAUAAGAGUCAAACUGGAUGGUUAAUCCCGGAUACACAGCUUAGAGAAGAUCUGAGAAUCUCGACAUCACUCAAGGUGAUUCAAGCUUAUAGGACAUUUGUGGGAAGACAUACAAGCCAUCUUAGUGAAAAGAACAUCAAGUAUAGUGCUGAUGAUUUGGAGAAUUACUUGUUGGAUCUGUUUGAGGGGUCUCCAAGAUCAUUACACAGUUUUCACAGGAAGUGAUUGACAGCAUCGGUGAUAAGAGUUUUCCUAUCAUAAUGGGUAUACUAGUUUAGGACUCUCUCUCUCUCUCUCAUAGAGAAAAUUUCAGUAAUGUAACAAGGAUGCAAGAGUUCCAGUGUUGUAAUCUAUUGUAUUAUCUUUUUUGUGAUAAUAGAAAUUGAUGUAUAAGCAGAGAUUGUUUGAAUUUUGUA